AACUGCAGAUCAGAAGGAGGGAGGAGUCGCUUCAGCGGUGGCGAUGGGGCAGACAUCCAGCAUCAGUUUCCCUCUUCCUGGACUCAGGUUUGCGGCCAUUUCAGUCCAGGAGGCAUCGGAACCACAGCCGUCACUGCCACCGUGACUAGCUACCAGCAGUCCCAUCUCAGCACAGCCAGAGUGAAGCAGCAGCACGACCCUCCCGUGCCCGUGUCGGCCUCCAUAGAGCUCAUCCUGGUGGAGGACGUGAGGGUGAGUCCAGAAGAGGUGACCACCUACAACCACCCUGGCAUGCAGGCGGAGCUGCACGUCAGAGAAGGCUCCGGAUACUUCUUCCUCAACACGAGCACUGCAGACGUUGUCAAGGUGGCCUCCCAGGAGGCCAAAGGGGUUGCCAUGCACAGGGGCCCUCAGAUCACAGUGGCCGCGCCCAGGAGCUCAUUAGGAAGGCAGGCUCUCGGCCCACCCCAGACCUGCGAUCAGAACCUGCUUCUCAGCAAGACCCCCGGGACUUCCGUGCACUUUUCUAACCUCAGAGUGAUCUGAGUUAAUUGAAGUAGAAAAUACAGACAAGCAAGAAGAAAAGAGACAUCGCCUGCGGCCCCUUUCCUGAUUGCUAAUUGCACGUUCACUCGCGGUUCUUUCUCCCAGGUUUUUCCCUACACACACGCACACAGAAACAACGUGUCCUUACAGAAAUGUCAGUAAGUUAGACUUGGUGACCUAUGUUCUUCGUGCAUGUAAACACAUCAGGGCAUCUUGCCAUGUCGGCAAGGACAGGUCUAUAUCCAAGACUCACUCGUUCAUGGAUUCAACAAAUAAUUAAGUGCUUCCUGUGUGCCAGGCCCUGUGCUAGGUUCUGGGUUUACACUGGGGAAUAAAACAAUUAUAGUCCAAUCAGGGAAAAAGAUAAACCGAGAAUCACACUGUACGAAGAGCAUUGCCAAUGUGACGAAUUCCUGGAAGUCCCGUGGGGGGACUUGACCUGGUCAGGGAGGCGACGACUGGGCUGGCGUUGGAAGAGUGAGUGGUGGUUACCGCAGUGGGGCGGGGUGGGGAGAGCGUUGCAGGCAGCAGGCACAGUGCUCAGGGCUGCAGGCCGGAGGGAGUGCAGCAGAGAGCAAGGGAGGUGGUGUGUGUAAGGCUGGUGGCGGGCACCUCUCCCCUCCCUAAAGAAAAAAGGAGAAGCCCACAAAUGACUGCCAGGCUCAGCUGAGUUAAAGAAUAACCACACCCGGACGUUGACCUGGAUAAGACAAGUUUCAAGUUUCGGUCUGUGGUGAGCUGAGAGCUUUACAAUAAGGGGUUA